GGAAAUACACUCCUCCGGGUUUCCAUUUGGCCAGCUGCGGUUGAAUUUUUUUUUUUUUUCCGAGAAUUUCCAGGAGUGGAGGAGACUGUGGCUUCCCUAAUUGCUUGCUCUGGAGAUCAGAAUCAACAGAGAAGUCAACCUAGUUUAUCAUCCAAGAAAUCCUUCCCUUAGCCAAUUAAGAAAUUUACAGACACAUAGCCAUCAUAAGGUACAUUAUUUUUCUUCCCAGAAUUCUACUAUUGCUCUAUUUGUCUUUCCCUGUGACUGGGGCCUUUGACAUUGCAUUAUGUUAUCAGCAGCCUUCAUUACUUUGGUGAGAAGUGGUGGGCACCAGGUGAAGAAGAGAGUGUUGUUAAGCUCCGUCCUCCUGCAGGACCACAGGCAGGCGACUCCUGCCUGCUGCUUCUCCACUUCUGAGGCCAGGAGUUCUCGAUUUGACCCAGAUGGAAGUGGGCAGCCAGCCACUUGGGACAAUUUUGGGAUCUGGGAUAACCGCAUUGAUGAGCCAAUUCUGCUGCCACCUAGCAUCAAGUAUGGCAAACCAAUUCCCAAAAUUAGCCUGGAGAAUGUGGGCUGUGCCUCUCUCAUUGGCAAACGGAAAGAAAAUGAAGAUCGAUUUGGGUUUGCACAGCUGACAGAAGAGGUGCUAUACUUCGCAGUCUAUGAUGGACAUGGGGGCCCUGCAGCCGCUGACUUCUGUCACACACACAUGGAGAAAUGUGUUAUGGAUUUGCUUCCUCGGGAGAAAGACUUGGAAACGCUCCUGACCUUGGCCUUUCUAGAAAUAGAUAAAGCCUUUGCAAGUUAUGCUCACCUGUCUGCAGAUGCGAGCCUCCUGACCUCUGGGACUACUGCAACAGUAGCCCUGUUGAGAGAUGGUGUUGAACUGGUGGUAGCCAGUGUUGGAGACAGCCGGGCUCUUUUGUGUAGAAAAGGAAAACCCAUGAAGCUGACCACUGACCAUACCCCAGAAAGAAAAGAUGAGAAAGAAAGGAUCAAGAAAUGCGGUGGGUUUGUAGCUUGGAAUAGUUUGGGACAGCCCCAUGUAAAUGGCAGACUUGCGAUGACAAGGAGUAUCGGAGAUUUGGAUCUUAAAGCCAGUGGUGUAAUAGCAGAACCUGAGACAACAAGGAUUAAGCUCUACCAUGCUGAUGACAGUUUCCUGGUCCUCACCACAGACGGGAUUAACUUCAUGGUGAAUAGUCAAGAGAUCUGCGACUUUGUCAACCAGUGCCAUGAUCCUAAAGAAGCAGCUCAUUCAGUGACUGAGCAGGCCAUACAGUACGGUACCGAAGACAACAGCACUGCAGUAGUGGUGCCCUUUGGUGCCUGGGGAAAAUACAAGAACUCUGAAAUUACCUUCUCAUUCAGCAGAAGCUUUGCCUCCAGCGGGCGAUGGGCCUGAUCNACAGCUCAGACUCGGAGUUCCUAUGUCAGUGGGCUUAUCGAGAAACUGGUAACAUGCAGAAGGCCACCUGUACCCGUGUGUCAUUGUGACCUGAUAGAUCCUAACAGUACAAGCUUACCAGCCACAUACCCAGUAGUAUUUUCAUAAAUCCUCAUCAUCAUUAUGGUCAACUGCACAUGCUCAGUGCAAGCACCAUAACAUAGCUGUGAAGCCCUUGUGCGUCUCUGAGCUGAAUGGAAGAAGAAGCGGUUUUGGUCCACUUGAUGAGUGAUGAAUCUAUGUGUUUCCUUUGUAGUGCUAGAGAUUGAACCUGGGGCUUUCUAAGAUUUUAAGACUAAGAGGCAGAUUUAGUUUCUUUUUAGUAAAUUUGUUCUUUAUUCAGUUGGACAGGUUUUUUUCUGAAUGUUGAUAGCUGGCCAAUGUGUUAUUUGCAAGAGUUUCUUUUUCCUUUCUGUAUAGAAAGCAGGUCCUCACUGGCUGACCUUGAACUCCCGGGUUCAAAUGGUCUUCCUACAUCAGCUUCCUGAGUACCUUUUGAUUUUUGUUUUUGUUUUUGUUUUUUUUUUAGAACAGAACAAGCAUAUUUUCUUUUUUCCAAGAAGAGUGAGAACAUAAUUACUGAGGAGAUGGGGGAAUCCCAAGGGAGGGAUCCAAGGGAUCCAAGGGAUACAAGGUACAUUUUAAUAAAUGUACCAAGGAGAGAUAAUAAAACCUAGGUUCUCUAUGACUGAAUAGUGUACUCUGGGUCACUUAUUAGUAAAUUUAACCCUGCAAAAGACAUGGCUAAAGUGUAUACGUAUUUAUAAAUAGCUCUUUUAUGUAUUUUAAAUAUUUUUAGCCCUUCCCCAUCCAUUUCUAUUUUUGUGGAGUUAAAUAUGCUGUAUUGGUAACUGUUCCUUAAUCUCCAGAGAAGAGCAUACAGACUCUUUGGUUAGAAUCUGUAAAGUAAAACACUGACAGUGCCAAUCUUGUGUAAGUUUGUUGCUGUGUGUUUUGUGUGUGGUAUUGUUUAUACCACUUUCUGUGUACACAGUAAGCAAGUUGUGUCCUUUGUUAGUAAAUAUAAUAUUACAAUGACUUAUACUGCUAUAGAUAUAGCUUGGGGUUUAUGUCUCCAAAUCCUCAUUUCUAAGAUUCAUGCAAAAAAGAGAAGUCUUUUAUAAAGGAUAUUCAAACAUGUCAGCUUCCUAUGUAAAUUAGCGGUGUAAAACCACACUCCUUUUUACCUGCAUAUAAAAUUUCUGUCAAACUGUGAAUCCCUGAAUGUGUAUUUGUAGUUAAUCUAUAUUUUCACAGGGUAAUUUAAAUUUGGUAUAUGUGCAGUGAAUGUAUAUAUAUAUUUUUUUUUGAAGUAAUAUAAAAUUAAAGGGAACAAUCUUGUGGCACAUUUAUCAGUUAGCUGUAAAUUAUUGAUAUAUUUAUCUCUAAGGACACUCAAUAAAAUUGAGUGUCAGAUUCUCUGUAAUAAAGAAUCAGUUGUUACUGGUAAAUAACCACUAUGGAUUAUAAAUAAAUAUGGGGGCCAGGUUUGGUGGCCUCUACCUAUAAUCUCAGGACUUAAGGAGGAGACAAGAUAAUCAGCAUGGUACCUUUGAAAUUAGCUUGAGCUACAGAGCAAGUUCCAGGGUAGCCUGAGCCACAGCUUGUCUCCCAAAACAAAAUAUCAGUAACAAAUGGCUGUAAGAGACAUUUUAUUAUGUGUGAUGUAUGUGGAUAACCAAAGAACAGGGGCAGACAUAUUGUUGUGUGGUAGUUCGAAUAUAAAAUUAUAGGAUAUGAGAAGAACAGGAAAUGUUAAAAGUGACUUGGAAUUUUGUGGCAGAAAACAAAGGAAAAAUAAUGAAAUAUAUAUAUACCUUCAAGUCUGACAUGUUUUCUUCCUUUAACUUUUGUUUAAAAUAUUUAGUAGAAAUAAAGAAUAAGUUCUCAAUAAACAAUUUAAGGUCUUUUCAUGGAUGUUAGUUGAAAGAAACAACAUUUUUUCAGGCAUUUUAGCUUACAUGUGUAGUUCCAACAUCUGGGGUGGUGGGGCACCGUCAUCCUGAACAGCAAGAGCCCGUGUCAAGGGACAAAGUACACGGGAGAGAGUAGAGUAGGUGCUCACUGUUCGAGGAAGAGUGGAAAGACUAGCAGAGCUUAGAGGCCUUCUUGUUGAGUCUGGUGUUGGAAGAAAGUUAUGAAAACAAUAAGAGUAUGGAGAACUUAUAAACUAAUGUGCACAGCAAAAUUCUCAAACAUAAAAAUGACAACAUGAUGUGUCUGCUUCACAUUGCUGGUCCCCUCCCCCCUUUACUUUGAAACUAGGAUUGAGAGUGACCUUGAGAGUGACCUUGUGAUNUUCAGAGGUUUGAGGGUCAUUCAUAGAUGAAGGCAAGUUCUAGCCCUGACAAGGAGGAAUCUGUGGAUGACAGCCUUGGGCGCAUUUGAGCCUGUUUCAUCUGGAAAAGGCUUUUGAUGGUGGUG